AAACAGAAUCAUUGCCAUUGAAAUCGCCAAAUCAAGAAGAUGAAAUUAAAUGCCCACAAUCCAUUCAGUCCACCAAAAAAUAUAAAGGAAAACCCAAACAAUUUUUAAUUAUACUUAAAUCUAACAAUGAUACUCCACUACAACGUCGUGGUAAUUCAGAUAAUGGAAAAAGUGUUUUAAAUAGACACUUAAAAUAUAUGAAAAAAUGUUGGGGAAAUGAUAUUCCAUCAUCAUUGCCAGAAGAUGUUGAUCAGAUUUCAACCAACAGCAAUGAUAAUAAAUUCACUUCAUUUUUAUCUGAACAACUUGUUGGAUACUCUGCACCAUAUGAUCCUGAAUUUGUUAAAGAUCAAUUAGUGAAAUCAUCAGAAAUUGAAAUAAUAGAACCAGUGUUACCAGUCAAAGCAUCACUUUUACCAAAUUUAUUGGUACAAAACAAUCCAAAUAUAAAUUUGGAUCGUAUAGAUCAACGAAAACUUCCAUUAGACAAAAAAUUCAGGUUUCCAGCCUCACAAGGUUCAGGUGUAAAUGUUUACAUAGUUGAUACUGGGAUAAAUGUUAAACAUCAAGAAAUUAUAGGACGAGCUCGACAUGGUGGCUCAUUUUGUCCAAAUUGUCCUGCUAUAGAUGACCAUGGACAUGGAACACAUGUAGCUGCCUUAGUUGGUGGAAAAACAUUUGGUGUAGCAAGAAAAAGUAACCUGAUAGCAGUCAAAGUGUUAAAUAGCUUGGGUAGUGGAACUACGGCAGGUGUUUUGAGUGGAUUAACAUUUGUAUUGAAUCAACACAAAUCCAGCUCUAAUAAGAAAACAGUGGUUAAUAUGUCACUUGGUGGACCACUGUCACAAGCACUAAAUGCUGCUGUAGAAGCUCUUACUAAGGCUGGUAUACAUGUGGUAGUAGCAGCUGGUAAUAGUAAUACAGAUGCAUGUUCAAAAUCACCAUCAUCUGUUCCAUCAGCAAUCACAGUUGGAGCAACUGAUCUUGUUAAAGUUCUUGGUGUCAUUACUCUUGAUAAAGUGGCCAGCUUUUCUAAUUUUGGCAAAUGUGUGGAUAUUUUUGCACCAGGAGAUAAUUGUCUUUAUGACAUAAAACCUUUCAAGUAA